AUGGUUUACAUUGUUUUAAGGCAACUACUUUCAUUUGUACUAUUUCUUCUUCUUCUUCUUCUUCUUCUUCUUCUUCUUCGCCUCCUCCUCUUCCUUUUCUUAUUCAUUUUUUCUUCUUCUCUCUUCCUCUUCCUUCUCUUCGUUAUCCUCUCCCUCCUCCUCCUCCUCCUUUUUUUCUCCCCUCCUUCUCCUCUUCUUCUUCUUCAUCAUCAUCUCCUCUCUCCACCUCCGUCGUCUCUUCAGUCUUCUUCUUCUCCUCCUCGUCCUCCUUGUCCUCCUCCUCCUUAUUUUUAUUCUUUCUCUUCUUCUACUCUUACCAUCUCCUCCUCCUCCUCGCUAUCGUCCUCGGCGUCGUCCGCCUCCUCCUUCUCUCCCCACCUCCACUUUCUCUUUGUCGUCGUCGUCGUCCUCCUCCUCCUCCUUCUCCUUCUUUUUCUUCUUCUUUUCUCCUCCCCCUUUCCCCUCAUCCUUCUUCUUUUUCCACGUAUUAGCAUGUUCACAACAGAUUGCCCUAAAUAUUUCUACUUUCUUCUCUUCCUCUUUUUGAUAUCCGUUUUUGGCUUCUUGAAAAAAAAAGAAGACAUCAUACACCCUCUCUUCCCCUUCUUAUAUUUUGUGUUACUAGUCAACCCCAUCCCGUCUCCAGUGACUAACUUCAACCCCCGUCACAUCAUUCCUUUUUCCAUUUUUCGCCAAACUCCAUUAUCAUACACGUUUUACAUCCUUCAAGCCUCAGUAUUUUGCUCCUUUUUGCUUUCCAUUCUUUCUUUCUUUUCUGUCGUCUGUUCUUUCCAUUUCGUCUUGAUUCCCUAUUUUUACUUUCGUUUCAUGUGCCUUAUUUCUCCUUCCAUUUUCUUUUUUCUUUUCUUUUUUUUUUCGGUGGGGAUGUCUUUCUACAAUUUGUUCGCUUUCUCUUUUUUUUUUUUUUUUUUUUUGGCUUAUUUUCUAGUUGCCUUUCUUGCUCUUUCAUCGGCUGCAAUUAUCUCUUCUUUCUGGAAAACUUUCUCUCUCUCUCUCUCUCUCUCUCUCUCUCUCUCUCUCUCUCUCUCUCUCAUAUAUAUAUUUUUCUCUUCUGGGACAAUAAAAGAGGAAAAAAAAACACGGCCCAUAAAUCAUACUCAUCUUUCCCUCGCCCUCUCUCUCUCUUCUUCUCUCUAUCUAUCUUCGCCUCUCUCUCUCACUUCGCCUGUCUCUCUCUCACUUCGCCUGUCUCUCUCUCACUUCGCCUCUCUCUCUUCGCCUCUUCUCUUUUUCUCACUUCGCCUUUCACUCUCACUGCGCUUCUCUCUCUCACUACGCCUCUCUCUCUCUCAUUUCGCCUCUCACUUCCCCCCUCUCACUUCACCGCUAUCUCUCUCAUUUUGCCUCUCUCACACCCUCUCGCGCUUCGCCUCUCUCUCUAACUUCGCAUCUUUUUCUCACUUCGCCUCUCUCUCACAUCACCUCUCUCUCUCACAAACACUUCGCCUCUCUCUCAUUCUCGUUCUCACUUUGCCCCUCUCUCUCACUUCGCCUUUCUCUCUCACUCACUCAUUUCGCCCUCUCUCUCUCUCUCUCUCUUCGCCUCUCUCUAUAAAUAUUCUUUCAUUUCAUGCGGUGUCUCUCAUCUCCUGA